CGGCGGCAGCGGCGCGGCCGCUCCGGGCGGGACGGGGCGCGGGGUCACAGGGCGAGGGUCAAAGCCCCGGCGAUGCUGCUGCGCUCCCUGCGCCCCGUCCAGCCCCUGCUCCCGGCGCUGUGCCCGCCCUGCCGCCGCCUCUCCGUGCCCCCCGGCGCGGCCCGGCUCCCGCUGCGGCAGCGGCUGGCGGUGGCGGGGGGCGGCGGCGGCGCGGCGGCGGGGGGCUGGCUGUACCUGCGGCACCAGAAGGAGCAGCAGCGGCGCUCCCGCCGCCUCCGAGAGCUCCGUGCGCUGGCGCUGGGCCAGGGCGACUUCGAGCUGCGCGACACGGCGGGCGCGGCGCGGAGCAAGGCGGAUUUCCUGGGCCGCUGGGUGCUGCUGUACUUCGGCUUCACGCACUGCCCGGACGUGUGUCCCGAGGAGCUGGAGAAGCUCAGCCGCGCCGUGCGGCUGCUGGAGCAGGACCCGGCGCUGCCGCCCGUGCAGCCGCUCUUCGUCACCGUGGACCCCGAGCGCGACGACGCGGCGGCGCUGGCGCGGUACCUGCGCGACUUCCACCCGCGCCUCGUGGGGCUCACCGGCACCCCCGAGCAGGUGCGGGCGGCGGCCGGAGCCUUCCGCGUCUACGUGAGCGCCGGGCCCCGCGACGCCGACGGGGAUUACGUGGUGGAUCACUCGGUGCUCACGUUCCUGGUGGAUCCCGACGGGCUCUGCCGGGACUGCUACGGCCGCUCCCGCACGGCCGAGGAGCUGGCGCGCAGCGUCAGGGGACACAUGGACACCUACGAGCCGCUGCCGCCCGCGGGAGACGAAUAAACGCGGCGGGGACGGCCCGACGGAACGCG